UUUGAAUAUGUAUCAGGUGAGGUAUCUGUCCUAUAGGUAGAGGAGUGAGGGCAGCACCCAGGUGCAUUGCAGGCACAAUGACAGCCCUUUUACGCUGAGGAAUGAGACAGGAGCAGGGAAAGGUUUGCUCAAGGCAUCAAAGGGAGGUGAGAGGGGUGUUCCAGCCCUGAACCACCAGCAAGCACCAGCGUUGGCGAUGGGGUUGGGGUCUGCAAGCAGUUGAAAGCCACCUGAAAGCAGUAAAGGCCAAUAAGAAUUAUAGAAUCAAACUGGUGAUUCUGAAUCACAGCUUCUCUGGGCAACCUGUGCCAGUGCCUCACCACCCUCACACGGAACAAUUGUUUCCUAGUGUCUAAUCUCCAUCUCCCCUCUGUCAGUUUAAAGCAAUUCCCCAUUGUCCUGUCCCUACAUGUCCUUGUAAAAAGUCCCUCUCAAAUUUUCUUGUCAGCCCCUUUAGGUAUUGGAAGGCUGUUGUAAGGAAAUAGAGGUGGUGCGCGUGGGGUCACUUGGCAGAGUUUUGGGAUGGGAAAGAGCAAAAGCAGAUGCCACAAAAGCCCAGGCUGGGGGAAAAUCUGUUUGUAGAAGAAAUGAGUAAUAUCAGAUCAUGCAGAACAUAAAAGCACCCUAAAAAACCUUUGGGGCUUGUGCAGCUGCAUGGGCUUAGGGACAAGCACUGGGACAAAGGCCCAGUAUCUUUACGAGAUCCAGCUUUAUAGAAAGGGGAAAAUGGAACCAGUUUCAGGAAGCCUGGGCCCCCGAUGGGCAAAACCCCCAAACCCCCCCGACCCUGGGGCCUCCCGCCGGCACCGCCUCACUUCUCCUAUUUCCCAGCUCAAAUAAGGGGAUGCUGGUGGUGCUGGGGAUGGGUCCAGCAUGGCUGUGCAGGCUGCCCUGCUGUUGGGGGUGCUGCUGCUGACCCACCACCCUGGGGAUGCAGCCCUCUUAGAAGCCAAUGGCAACCUGAGCUGCCGCUGUGCCAAGACCACCAGGGCCUUCAUCCCACCAUGGAAAUACAGCAGCAUCGAGGUCCGGCCAGUGGGGAGCAGCUGCCGGCGCCUCGAGGUGGUGAUUAAGCUAAAAAGCCUGGAGAGGGUCUGUGUAAAUCCUGACACCCCUUGGGUGAAGAAGCUCCUGCAGGACCUCCCUAACCUGAGGAAGAAAGAGGCUCUCCACUGAGGAAGCUGCCGCUGGUGGGACAGACAGAUGUGCUGGGCCUGAAACUGGUCCUCAUCUCCCACACUGCUGUCUCCUUGUGCAGAGGCGAUGAUGCUGCUGAGUGAUGCCUUGAGCCCCCUUUUCCUUGGCAGUUUAUGCAUUUAAGCCCUUGAAAAUGCCAGUACCCCCUUCCCCACCCUUCCCCAAUGUGCUGGGUGUCACCUUCAGGCACAACCAAACAGGUCCAAUAAAGGCAGCAGCUCUUG